AUGAGUGCGGCUGGCACACUAAAGAGCUCCGGAAUAGAUCGUCCAGGUUCUAUAGAAAACCCACUUUUAAGAACGCGGAUUUAUAAUGACAUAUGCGAGUAUGAAGAUACGCUGGGCCGCCUGGUGGCAUCGGUGGAUAAGUUCCAGCCGGAUAUGCAGAUUGCUAGAGAUUUGAUGAAGGUGGAUCAAAAACUAUCUGAGACGGUGAAGGCCCUUCGAGAAUAUGAUGCUAUUGAUGGACGGGCCAAAAAACUAGAGGCGGAACACAGAGAAACAGAUGCCAAGACCGCCAAAGUCUUGGAAGUGCUGACGGAAUGCCACGAUGAACUAAAUACCCUGCCAAUGUUGGAACAGGUAGAAUUUGAGCGCGCUACUAUGCUGAAACAGCGAGAAAAGGUAUUUACAAAUGUUUUACUUGAUUACGCUAUGAAAUUGGCCAAAUUUACCCACGUUCCACCAACCUUCGAUAAAGGAACUGUGGGUCCCAAUAAUUUUGUGUGGCCUGCUGAAGAUGCAAUGAGAAGAGGCAUGCUGGCAAUAGCUUCUCUCCGUGCCGCAGAAGAAGUUCAGAGCGCUACAGAAGCCAAAGGUGAUGAAGAAAAGAAACCUGAACCUGCUGAGGAGAGCCAGAUAGGAGAAAAUAGAGAGGAGCUAAGUAGAAGAGCUUCUUAUGAGUUCAACGGUGGCACGAGGGCCCAAGAAUCCGAGGAAAAGCCUGAUGAAGACAUAGACUUGGACUUAGACCUCUUGGGGGAAGAGUUUUAA